AUGUCUAGUAAUUCAACAGACGCACUACUUUUUAAUGAUUCAGCACCAAUUUGUGAGGUCAACGUUGAAGGACCUAAUUUUAUACUUGUGGCCUACGUAUGCUUGGGCCUUGUAUUAUUUGGAAUACCGGCUAACAUUCUCACAAUCUGCGUUCUCAGAUCUGAUACUAAAAGAAAUACAGCUCGUUACUUAAUGUUGGUCCUUGCCACUCAGGAUCUAAUACUGUCAAUACUUUACGCUAUUUAUUAUAUUGUGCCGUUGCUCUACGACAAACAUAGAUGGUUUUCUUUUUGCAUCCAAAUUAUUCGGAAGGCCGACUCACCUAUACUCUUUCUUCUGGUUUGGUUCAAGUUUGCAGAAGCUUACACUAUUGUGUCCAUCUCAAUUGACCGUUUUGUAGCCUUGAGAUAUCCUUUCAAAUCAGCUAGAAUCUGCACAGUCUCAAACGCUAAACGUAUGCAGAUUUUGAUCGUUUUGGUUGGCCUUUUCAUCAAAUUGCCCAUACUAAUACUUGACUUUUGUUACCACGAUGAAAGCUUGCCCUGUGAUACUUGCAUACCUAUAUUUGUAAACAAGCCCUGGUACAAAAUGUUUUCACAAGUCUAUAUACAGAUAUUUGAUCAGAUUGUGACCUUUAUAGUACCUCUUCUUUGUCUCCUUUUCGUGAAUAUUUAUCUUAUUUGGAAACUUCAAAGUGUUGAACUAUUAAAAGGUUUUGACAACAAGUCCCAACAAGUUCAUCGAGUGUCACCCGAAAUUUCAUCCGAAGUGCAAGUGGAAAAUCGUUUCUGCUUACCGAAGAAUGAUAGUCACCUAAGACCACCUACUCCAAGAUUAGGACGCCUGGACCAUUAUCGACAGCAAAAUAAUUCCACCGGAAAUGACUUCAAUACCGUUCAACUGAGGCAAAGGUGGAGAUCACACCAAGCGAGGAAUAUUUCGGCUAUGCUGAUAUGUGUAAUAAGUGUAUUUAUUGUCUGCGAGACGCCAACAGCAUUGUAUUUUUUCUAUCAACUUCAUGAAAUGAUAUGGAAAAAUGAAGACGAACCAAAAGGAGCCCAGUCACUCUACGCAAUCGCCUUAUUUACAGCGAUUCUCAACUUCGCCAGUAAUUUUCUCAUCUAUGGACUAGUGGGUAGACGAUUCCGGUGGUUGCUAAGACAGACCGUUUCCAGGUGGACAUACAUGUGCCUUCAUUGUAAACGACGAAAGCCAGCUAGAAGACAAGUUCAGAAAAGAAUGCUACAAACAAUCCGAAUGCGGCAUAAUGUGGAUGAUGAAAGAGCCAUAAAUCCUAAAUCACUUUCUGUGUUGACGGUUAAUAAUUGUCACGCUUAA